AUGGCUUGCGUGGAAAACUCGUCGAUCAAAAACGCCGCUGGGCCCACGUGGUCUGAUGUUCCCGUUGGUCCCCUCGACCCCAUCCUUGCUGUCGCCGAGGCUUUCAAAGCCAGUACCAGCCCAUUGAAAAUGAAUCUUGGGGUGGGUGCGUACAGGGACGAAGAUGGCAAGCCGUUUGUGUUACCUUCCGUUCGACAAGCUGAAGCGGCCAUUGUUGCGGCCAAAUAUGAUAAGGAGUAUAUUGGAACUACCGGCUUGCCAGAAUUCACAAAGCGUGCGGCUCUUUUGGCCUACGGCUCUGACAGUGCACCCCUGAAGGAGGAACGGAUUGCAAUCACCCAGUCUCUCUCCGGGACUGGUGCGCUGAGGAUCGGUUGUACUUUCCUCCAACGGUUUUACCCUCACUCCACGUCCGUCUACGUACCCACACCGACAUGGGGAAACCACAUUCCAAUGUUCAAAGAGGCUAGCUUUGAAAUCAAACGAUACCGCUACUUCGACAAGAAAACUGUCGGACUUGAUGCGACUGGUAUGCUCGAAGACCUCAAACAAGCGCCUGAUCGGUCGAUCAUCUUGUUGCACGCCUGCGCUCACAAUCCAACCGGAGUGGACCCAACCCAUGAACAAUGGAAAGAAAUUGCACAGGUGAUUAAAGGGAAGGGGCAUUUCAGUUUCUUUGACAUGGCCUACCAAGGUUUUGCGUCGGGGGAUGUGGAGCGGGAUGCCUUUGCGCCGCGUUACUUUGUCUCCCAAGGCUUGGAGAUCGUGCUCUCGCAAUCAUUCUCCAAGAUAAUGGGUCUCUACGGCGAACGAGUAGGAGCAUUCUCGGUAAUAUGCUCAAGCCAGCAGGAGAAAAGUAAGGUUGAGAGUCAGUUCGAGCUCUUGAUUAGACUCAUGUACCUUAAUCCCCCCGUCCAUGGCGCCAGAAUUGCGUCUAUGAUCUUGAGUGAUCCUGCACUUUAUAAACAAUGGCUGGGUGAAGUAAAAUUGAUGGCCGACCGGAUCAUCGGAAUGCGUACUGCACUAUUCGACACGCUUGUUGAUGAACUCGGAAGCCGACGGAAUUGGGACCACAUCAAAUCGCAAGCAGGGAUGUUUUGUUUCAUCGGUAUUUCCUCUGAGCAAGUGGAGCAAAUGGCCACGAAGCACGAUGUUUACAUGACUCGAGAUGGGCGGAUGUCGAUGGCUGGGAUCACUCAUCAUAACGUUAAGCACUUGGCAAAAGCUUUGCAUGAUGUCACCAAAUGACUAGAUACCCCCUUCACA